UCAACAGCCGCCAUCUUGACGCGGCUCGGAAUCGGGAUUUCGGGGGGAGCAUUAAUUUUAAAAACCGAUCUGAGCCACCCAGUCUGGGCUGAAAAGGCAUUUUUCCAUCAGAAAGUCGAAGUAUUAGUUCUUUCGCGUGGAAUUAAUCCAAACGCGUGGGGGUUCGGGGGGGUUUUAUCGUCUCGAAAGCCCACUGUAUAUUUGAUUUCCCUUUUAGAGAGCGCCGCUUCUCGCCGUAUCUCCGUCCAGAGACGCUGUAUUUACCGGGAGACAGCGACGAGAAAAAUAAUCCACCUCAUAGAAAAUAUUUUUUGAAUUUUCUUUUUUUUAAUUAUGCCAGAAUCGGAUUUUAUGGCUGCUGUUUUUGACUGAAAAAAAAUGAUUUUGUACAUACGUGAAACCGGCGAUCUGCGGCGGAAGGGAUUUGUGUAAUAUUUUAUGAUUGAUUUUUAUUUAUUUUUCUCCGGCCGAAAUAAUUUUUGGACGCUAUUAUUGAGGAUGAUUAUGUGGGUGUUGGGUGUUGGAUUAUCAUGGGGUGAUCUUCGGUGGCGAAGCGUGGCGCUGUUGCCCUUCUUUUGAAUCCCUUUUCUCCAGGCAGCAUUUCGCGAGUCUAGUAGUCAAGAAAAAAAUUGUAAUAAUUGCUCCUUUUUAGCGCAACUUUGGCGAAAGUUGCCUAUUAUUACAGGUCGGGGGUUUAAGAUUUUGGACCGACCCUGCUCUUAAUUACCUGAAUCAAAAUCCAUUGGUAAUAUUGAGGUAUCAGGAUGGCUGACAAUCUGCUGGAUGCGGGACCCCCCACUGCAAAGAGACCCAAGCUCAACUCACCUCUCUCGGGAUCAGACGGGCCAGAUCUUGUGUCUCUUUUUGACCUGGAAAAUGACCUGCCGGAUGAGCUCAUCCCCAAUGGUGACAUGGGAAUGGGAAUAUCCUCCAAUGGUGGCCCAGGUGGAGGGGGUCCUGGUCUCAACUCAGUUGUCCCUGAUGCUGCUGCCAAACACAAGCAAUUGUCUGAGCUCCUGCGAACUGGAAACUCUUCUAUUGUUGGAGGUGCUUUUAACUCUGCUGGAUCCCAACAGGGAGGCAUGGUGGGUGCUGUGUUGGGUAAAGGUCCACUAGGGCAGGGCUCUCCCAAUCAUCAGUCUCCCCAGGGCCAGAAAGGACCUCCUGCUGGCAAUGGAAGCACAAGCAUGGGCUUUAACCAGGCCUUAUUGAACAGUGGGCAGGGUCAUGGUGUCAUGGGCCAGACAGGACAGGUCAUGAAUGGGGCUAUGGGACCGGUAGGCCGGGGGAGACCUGGUCCUGGAAUGCAGUUCCAGAGCCAAGGCAUGCAGGGGACACAAGUAGGAGGUGGACCUGGUGUUGGAGGCAGCGUGCUGGCAGAGACUCUCACCCAAGGAGGACCUCAGAUGGGUGUACACAACACGCUGAAUGUUCAGCAAGCUGGAAACAUGAAUAAGAUGGCUAUGUCAGGAGCUCCAUUUGGCCAACAGUAUAGUCAGGCUGGGGUGCAGCAGAUGGGGACAACAGGGGUCAAUGCCCAACAACUCCAGAGCAAGACAGGCCUUUCUAACAACCUGCCUCAAUUCCCUGCUGACUUAAAGGGAGCUGGUGGUGUGCCAAAUAUGUCUCAGAUGCAGCAGCAGGUAGCAUCGAUGGGCAUGGUCCCUGGGACUGGUGGUGUAUCAGGAGGGCCAACAGCUGACCCUGAGAAGCGAAAACUCAUUCAGCAGCAGCUGGUCUUGCUGCUACAUGCACACAAGUGCCAACGGCGGGAGCAGGCCAACGGCGAGGUUCGAACCUGCACCCUUCCACAUUGUCGGACCAUGAAGAACGUGCUCAACCAUAUGACCCACUGCCAGGCUGGCAAGUCCUGCCAGGUGGCUCACUGCGCAUCAUCCAGACAGAUUAUCUCCCACUGGAAGAACUGUACACGCCACGACUGCCCCGUCUGCUUACCGUUGAAGAAUGCAAGUGACAAAAGGAAUCAGCAGCCUAUGUUAAGUUCGCCUGGGGCCGGCCUGCAGAACGCCAUCAAUACAGUCGGACCUGGCCAGUCCAGUGCCACGACCAUCAACAGUGCUGCAACACACAUCGACCCGAGCUCUAUGCAGAGGGCCUAUGCAGCCCUGGGCCUCCCUUACGGGAACCAGUCGCCUGCUCAGGUCCAGGGUCAGGGUUCAGCUCCGCAAAACGCCCAGCACCAGCAGCUGCGAAAUAUGAACGCACUCGGCACGAAUCAGAUGUCAAACAUGGGUAACCCUUCCUCAGACCAGACUGGCUUGCACUCAGACUCCUCUUUACCCUCCACAUUAAAUAAUCAGCUGAUGCCAGAUGGGUCAGUUGUAGGAGGCAUAGGAAACCUGCCCGCUGCCACCCCUCUCUCUGCUUCAGGGGUAAGGAAGGCCUGGCAUGAACAUGUCACUCAGGACCUACGCACCCAUCUGGUGCAUAAACUAGUACAAGCCAUAUUCCCCACCCCAGACCCUGCAGCACUGAAGGACAGGCGAAUGGAGAACCUAGUGGCAUAUGCACGCAAAGUUGAGGGUGACAUGUAUGAGACUGCAAAUAGCAGGGAUGAGUACUACCACUUCCUGGCAGAAAAGAUUUACAAAAUUCAAAAAGAACUGGAGGAGAAAAGACGCUCACGACUGCUGAAACAGCCAGGCGUUGGGGGCGGAUCCGGGUCACAGCAGCCUGAUGGACCUGUACCUAUUCCCAAUAUGCCAAAUCAGAUAAUGAAUCGUAUGCAGGUACCUCAAGCAAUCAAUCAGUUUAACCCGAUGGCAAUGCAGAAUGCACAGAUGUCUCAGUCACCGAUGGGACCGAGGACUCCUUCCCCCAUGAGCCAUCAGCAGCAGAUGAAUAUGAGCUCUGUUCAACCGAGGGGCAUGUCUCCAUCAGGGAUACCUCACUCUCAAGGGAUGAUGGGUGGUCAUGCCAAUAAUAUGGUAUCCCAGCCAGCCAACCAAGUCCAAUUUCUGUCACAGGGCCAGUUUUCUGGUGCUGCAGCUGCAGGAAUGAAUGUGAAUGUUGGCUUGGGACAGACCAUGUCACAGGCUAGUGUUGCACAGCAGCAACAAAACUCUAACCUCCCUCAUAAUGCUAUGGGCUCCCAUGGCUCCCAGCUGCCCUCUGGCCCUCCAGUCCAGCCCACCCUGGGUACCACCCCCCCACCCAAUGCCUCUGCUAGUCUGCAGCCCCAGCAGCUGCAACACCACCACGCUCCCACGCAGACCCAGGUGCCACAGCAGCCCUCCACUCCCAGCUCUACAAUCGGGCGCUCUUCCACCCCAACUCCCAUACCCAGUAGCCUUUCUCGACCCCCCUCAGUCAGGGGCGCCACACCUGACCCCUCCCAGCCGCUUACCCCCGCGCAGCCCCAACCCCCGCCAACCCCCAGCCAGAUGCAGCAGCCCCCCUCAGUGCAGGCACAGCGCCCCAGUACGCCGUUGUCCCAGGCAGCAGCAAGUGUUGAUAACAGAGUGCCUACGCCCGGCUCUGUGGCUGAGCUUACUUCCCAGCAGGCCCUGCCUGAUAUGAGCAGCACUGAGGUCAAAUCUGAAGUAAAAGAAGAAGAAGAUGAUGAUGACAACAAAUCUGGAAAAAAGCAAAUUAAUGUAAAAAUGGAGCAGGAUGAUGAAACCAAAUGCCCUCCGGUAAAGAAGGAGGAGCCAGAUGCAGCGGAACCAAAGCAAGAACCAAUGGAAACUGAGGAGAAGAAGCCAGAAGUGAAGGCACAACCCAAAGAAGAGGACGAUGAUGGGACCAACGGUACAUCAGCUGCUGCUCAGAAUCGCAAAAAAAUUUUCAAGCCAGAGGAACUGAGGCAAGCCCUAAUGCCAACACUCGAAUCCCUGUACAGACAAGACCCAGAGUCCCUGCCCUUCAGACAACCUGUAGACCCCAUGCUGCUGGGUAUCCCGGACUACUUUGACAUAGUGAAGAAUCCCAUAGACUUGUCCACCAUCAAGCGCAAACUGGAUACGGGUCAAUACCAGGAGCCGUGGCAGUAUGUGGACGAUGUGUGGCUCAUGUUCAACAAUGCCUGGCUGUACAACCGUAAAACGUCUCGCGUCUACAAGUACUGCACCAAGCUGGCAGAGGUGUUUGAGGCGGAGAUCGAUCCCGUGAUGCAGGGUCUCGGCUAUUGCUGUGGCAGAAAGUUCGAGUUCUCACCUCAGACACUGUGUUGCUAUGGAAAACAGUUGUGUACCAUCUCCAGGGAUGGCACCUACUACAGCUACCAGAACAGGUAUCACUUCUGUGAGAAGUGCUUCAAUGAGAUACAGGGCAACAGUGUAAACCUGGGGGACGACCCGGCGCAACCGCAAACUGUUAUAUCAAAAGAUCAGUUUGAAAAGAAGAAAAAUGACAUGUUGGACUCUGAACCGUUUGUUGAAUGUAAAGACUGUGGACGAAAAAUGCAUCAGAUAUGUGUGCUGCACUACGACGUAAUUUGGCCAUCAGGCUUCAUCUGUGACAACUGUCUGAAGAAGUCUAGCAAAACAAGAAAGGAAAACAAGUUCUCAGCCAAAAGGUUGCAGUGUACAAGACUGGGGUCUUACAUUGAGGAAAGAGUGAACAAGUACUUGAAAAGGCAGAACCACCCAGAAGCUGGUGAAGUGUGUGUGAGAGUGGUUGCCAGCUCUGAUAAAACAGUUGAGGUUAAACCUGGCAUGAAGUCUAAGUUUGUAGACUCAGGCGAGAUGUUAGAGAGCUUCCCUUACAGAACCAAAGCACUUUUUGCAUUUGAGGAAAUAGACGGGGUGGAUGUCUGUUUCUUUGGUAUGCACGUCCAGGAGUAUGGAUCCGAGUGCGCUUUUCCAAACACCAGACGGGUUUACAUAUCAUACCUCGACAGUAUUCACUUCUUCAGGCCACGCCUGUUAAGGACUGCAGUGUACCAUGAGAUCUUAAUAGGCUACUUGGAGUAUGUAAAGAAACUAGGGUAUGUGAUGGGCCACAUCUGGGCUUGUCCACCCAGUGAAGGAGAUGAUUAUAUUUUCCACUGCCACCCUCCUGACCAGAAGAUUCCCAAGCCCAAAAGGCUUCAAGAGUGGUACCGAAAGAUGCUGGACAAGGCUUUUGCUGAGAGGAUCCUACAUGAUUACAAGGAUAUUUUCAAGCAGGCAACAGAAGACAGGUUGACCAGUGCGUAUGAGCUGCCAUACUUUGAAGGUGACUUUUGGCCCAAUGUGCUAGAGGAGAGCAUUAAAGAGCUGGAACAGGAGGAGGAGGAAAGGAAGAAGGAGGAGAACACAGCCACCUCUGAAACCACAGAGGGAACCCCGACUGACAGCAAGAAUGCUAAAAAGAAGAAUAACAAGAAAACAAACAAGAACAAGAGCAGCGUCAGCCGAGCCAAUAAAAAAAAGCCUGGGAUGCCGAAUGUAGCCAAUGACCUGUCUCAGAAACUUUACGCUACAAUGGAGAAACAUAAGGAGGUGUUUUUUGUCAUCCACCUCCAUGCUGGGCCAGUCAUUAACACCUUGCCACCCAUCAUAGACCCUGAUCCUCUGCUAACCUGUGACCUCAUGGAUGGCCGCGAUGCCUUUCUGACUUUGGCCAGGGACAAGCACUGGGAGUUCAGCUCACUUAGGAGAUGUAAGUGGAGCACAAUGUGCAUGUUGGUGGAGCUGCACAAUCAGGGCCAGGACCGCUUUGUGUACACCUGCAAUGAGUGCAAGCACCAUGUGGAGACUCGAUGGCACUGCACGGUUUGUGAGGACUACGACCUAUGCAUUAACUGCUACAACAGUAAAGGCCAUGAGCACCAAAUGGUUAAGUGGGGUCUGGGUAUUGACGAUGACAGCAACGGUCAGAAUGGAGAGGCGUCCAAGAGCCCACAGGAGAGUCGACGUCUCAGCAUCCAGCGUUGCAUCCAGUCCCUGGUCCAUGCCUGUCAAUGCCGCAAUGCCAAUUGCUCACUGCCGUCUUGCCAGAAGAUGAAGAGGGUAGUUCAGCACACCAAGGGCUGCAAGCGCAAGACCAACGGUGGUUGUCCAGUGUGCAAGCAGCUUAUUGCUCUAUGUUGUUAUCACGCCAAGCACUGUCAGGAGAACAAGUGUCCCGUUCCUUUCUGCAUCAACAUCAAGCAGAAGCUUCGUCAGCAGCAGUUGCAGCACAGGGUACAGCAGGCUCAGAUGAUGCGCCGCAGAAUGGCUACCAUGGCUGGAAGAGGUAUGCCCCUGCCAUCUCCACCUACCUCAGCUGCACCCGACACCCCAAAUUCUGUGCAGCAGCCUAGUACGCCCCAGACUCCCCAGCCUAUGCCCAAUCAGCCGCAACAACAGCAAACACCAAACCAAGGCAAUGUUUCCCAAGGAUACCCCAGCAAUGGUCGCAGCAGCCAGCCCACAACACCAGUGCCGCAGGGCAUGCCAGGACCUCAGUCGUCCCCACUCCAUCAGCAGAUGUCACCUAUGCCGAACAUGCCACAUCAGCAGCAGCCUCAGCCUCCGCAGCAGCAGCAACCGCAGCAGCAACAACUGCUGGCAGCCCUCAAAGUGGCACAGGAGAUCCAGAUGGUUGCCAAGGCGAGGCAGCAGCAGCCAAUUUAUGCCGUGAAUGGGAUGCCAAUGAACCACCCACGCAUGAUGGGGCCCAUGCAGAACCAGAUGCAUAUGAUGCAGGGGCCCCGGGGCCCCCAGGUGAUGCAGGCUAUGCAGCAGAACCAGUGGGGUCCAGGGAUGCAGAAUCCUCAGGGUCAUCAGACACAGGUCCCUCCUCAGCAAGGCCCCAUGGCGUCUCAGCAGGCUCAGGGAACUCCAUUGUCUCAGCAGGGGCAGCUCAUGCAGAGGCCCAUGAUGCCCCAGCAACAAAUGGUCAUGCCUCACCCGGGGCCCACACAACAGGGGAUGACCCCACAGCAACAAAACAUGCCCCGGGGGAUGCCUGGUGUUAUUACUCAAAAUGCCUUGCAGGAUUUACUGCGCACCCUGAAAUCGCCAAGCUCCCCACAGCAACAGCAGCAGGUCCUGAGCAUCUUAAAGUCCAACCCCCAUCUUAUGGCUGCGUUCAUUAAACAGAGGACUGCCCAGUACAAAGCUAACCAGCCACCGCAACAGCAGCAGCAGCAGGCCCAGCAGCAGAACCCGCAAGCCAUGCUGGGUUCCCAGGCGGGAAUGCAGGCCAUGGCAGCGAUGGCAAACCAAGUCCAAAGGCCGGCAAUGCAGCAGCAGCCUUCCCAGCAGGUAGGACCCCAAGGUAUGGUGCCCAUGGGUCCUCAAAGCCAGAUGAUGAAUGCUGCUCAAAAUGGCAAUCCACAGCUGUACCACAGACAGCAGCUGCUCAGGAUGCAGCAAAUGCAGCAGCAGCAGCAGCAACAGCAGCAGCAGCAGCAGCAGCAGCAGCAGCAGCAGCAGCAGGGAGGCUUGCCUCAGGGCCAUGGUCAGUUCCCUCCACAACAGCCAGGGCCACCAAACUUCUCCCAGCUCCGUAUGCAGCAGCAGAUGGCUAUGCAGGGAGGUGGGGGGCCCAUGGGACAGCUCCCUCCCACAUCCCAAAUGGGCCAACCUGGCAUGGGCAUGGAUGGGCCUCAGAGCCUCAUGCAGCAGCGCAUGCUUCAGCCGCAGCAGAUGAUGAAACAGCAGAUGGGCUCUCCAGCACAGGCUAACUCGAUGAGUCCACAAGCUCAUAUGCUCCAAGGCCAAGCCCAGGGUGGAGCUCACUUACCGGGCCAGACGAUGCCAAACAGUCUGGGAAAUCAAGUUCGCUCCCCAGCCCCAGUGCAAUCACCCCGCCCACCUUCGCAACAGGCCCCUCGUUCCAGUUCCUCCCCACGGAUACAACCUCAACCAUCACCUCAGCACGGUGGGCUCCACUCUGGCUCCCCACACCCCGGCCUCGGCCCCAUGUCAGGCUCCAUAGAUCAAGGACACAUGGGAACACCUGAACAAAGCGCCAUGCUUCCUCAACUUAACACACCAAACCGAGGAGGGUUAAGUAAUGACAUGAGUUUGGUCGGUGACACGACGGGAGACACGCUGGAGAAAUUUGUUGAAAGAUUGUAGCAUUUUAAGACGGAAGAAAGGCCUUGUUCUGUUUUCAGCUGAGAAUUAUUUGUACUUACUGAUGUAAAAAGCUAGAAGAAAUACAGAUGAGUCUUUCAAGGCCUACAGACUGUGAGCUUUCCUUAAACUAUGGACAACUUUUUCUUACAACACAGAGUGAUUUAAUAAUUUCUGUUGAAGAAAAAAAAACAACAAAGACAAAAAAAUAUAUUUUUUGGUUCAGAACAGCCUUGCAAGAAUUCGCCCCGGUUAUGUUAAGAUUUGUUUUUCAUUCAUGACCUGCUAUUGACUUUUUUUAACUUCUCAAAAAACAUAUUUUGUUUUAUUGUUCUUUUUAUUUUGUACCUUUGCAGAUGAAUAUUGUUAUUGUGUUGAGAAGUAUGUAAAGUAAUUUGUUGAAAUUGUUUCGCCAGGUUUCACCUGUUGCUCAGUUUUCUUGUUCCUGGCUAAUUUAUUCUAAUAUGCCAUUUUUCAAAAGGACUGCCUUUAGGAAAGCCUUAAUUUCUUUCCUGUUUGCAGAAACUUAACAAGAUUAGCGUAUUUGUAUAGAUCUAGGAUUCCUAUCGCGCACACACAAACACAACUUGCUGGUAAAGGAGAAACCUGCAUUAAAGCUUGUUAAUGUUCACACGUGCCGGAAUGUUUUUUACUGGCCUGGACCCAGUGUUUGUCUUGCAGAUUUUCAAAAAAACAAAAACAAAAAAACAAAACAAAAAAAAAGUUGCUUUUGUCUCUCCUUCAUUAUAAAGAAAUCGUCUUUAAGUAAUGAACCUAUUUUGCCUGUGGUGGGAAAUUUCAUUGUUUGACUGCUGAUUUGUGUUCAGAGGGUUUUGCGCAUCAUUUUCUCUUGCAUUAAACUUGAAUUGAUGAACUAUUCUCUGAUGUAAGUCAUGCAGCUAGACAGUACUGUAAAUAUGCAGAAAAUAAGAAUGAAAUCACUGUAUAAACUGGUUCAAAUGGCUCAUUUCGUACUUAUAUAUCAUAUUGUUAAAUAAACCUGUGUGCCACAGA